AUGUCGUUCACCCAUAUCUUUCACCAUUCCAUCUCUUCACGCACUCCCCAUCUCACGCCCAUCUCAUCACGCUCCUCUUGCACCAUGUCUCUGCGGAAGAGAGAUGACCCUGGCGAAAGCCAGGAACCGCGCACAGAUAUCCUUUACAGCGCCAACGAGGGUGAGGAUUGGCGUGGCCGCCAGAAGCUGCGCGCUUCCAGAACUGCGGUGGACGCGAACUGA